AUGGGGACUACGUUUAAGAUCAACUGCAAGGCCGCAUUGCGUGAUUACACACUUCAUCCACGAAUUUCUUAUCAAACAGUGACAAGUAUUUCAGGGCCGCUGGUAGUCUUAGACAAGGUCAAAUUUUCCCGCUAUAAUGAGAUUGUUCAUUUAUACCUUGAAAAUGGAGAUGUACGAAUGGGACAAGUCUUAGAGUCUCGUGGAACAACUGCAAUUGUUCAGGUGUUUGAGGGGACAUCAUCAAUUGGCGUACAAUCGACAAGAGUAGAGUUUUCAGGCAAAAGUUUAAGAAUUCCCGUCUCCGAAGAUAUGCAAGGACGUAUUUUUGAUGGCUCUGGAAAACCAAUUGAUAAUGGUCCACCAGUCUUUGCAGAAGAUUACUUAGAUAUCAACGGCUCUCCCAUUAACCCCUAUUCACGUAUAUAUCCUCAAGAAAUGAUUCAGACAGGCAUAUCUGCAAUAGACACUAUGAGUAGUAUUGCUAGAGGCCAAAAGCUUCCUAUUUUUUCGGCUGCUGGGCUUCCACAUAAUGAAAUAGCUGCUCAAAUAUGUCGACAAGCAAGUCUUGUUAAAAAACCUACGAAAGAUGUUCAUGAUGGUCAUGAGGAUAAUUUUUCUAUUGUAUUUGCUGCAAUGGGUGUCAAUAUGGAAACGGCACGAUUUUUUAAACAUGAUUUUGAGGAGAACGGGUCUUUGGAAAGAGUAACACUUUUUUUGAAUUUAGCUAGCGAUCCUACGAUUGAGCGAAUUAUUACUCCACGUCUUGCAUUGACUACUGCUGAAUAUUAUGCUUAUCAAACUGAAAAACAUGUUCUUGUAAUUCUUACUGAUAUGACUUCUUAUGCAGAUGCUCUUAGAGAAGUUUCAGCAGCACGAGAAGAAGUUCCUGGUCGAAGAGGGUACCCAGGUUAUAUGUAUACAGAUUUAUCAACAAUUUACGAACGUGCUGGGCGUGUAGAAGGAAGAAAUGGCUCUAUUACUCAAAUUCCUAUACUAACUAUGCCAAACGAUGAUAUAACUCAUCCUAUUCCUGAUCUUACAGGAUACAUUACAGAAGGACAAAUAUUUAUUGAUCGUCAGCUUCAUAAUCGUCAAAUAUAUCCACCAAUUAAUGUUCUUCCAUCUUUAUCACGUCUUAUGAAAUCCGCAGUAGGAGAAGGUUUUACUCGUCGAGAUCAUCCAGAAGUUUCAAAUCAACUUUAUGCAAACUAUGCUAUGGGAAAGGAUGUUGCUGCUAUGAAAGCAGUCGUUGGAGAAGAUGCUAUAUCUGACGAAGAUAAAUUAUUAUUAGAAUUUCUAGAAAAAUUCGAAAAACAUUUUAUUUCACAAGGUCUUUAUGAAUCCCGGACCAUAGAAGAAUCUCUUGACAUUGCAUGGUCACUUUUAAGAAUAUUUCCAAGAGAGCAGCUUACACGAAUUUCAGAAGACAUUAUUAAGGAGUUUUAUCCACGGACAUCUACUAAAAACAGAAACACAAUAGUCGAAGAUACAAAAAAUAACUAUGAUGAUAUAAUGUCUGAAUCUCCAUUAUCUCAAGAGCAAAACUUGAUCGAUACCUAA